AUGAUUGUAGUUGUCGUUCACAAAUUGGGUUCACCAACUAGCGUCAAGAUGCUAGCUGAUGCUAGCGGGAAAUGGAAUUUCAACCUAAUCUUCUCCUCUGUCAAUCAAGCUCUGAGUACUGCCAUCAGUCCAAGUCCAACACUCCACUCCGACUCUCACCGUCCCUUUACAUCAAUCACAAUGUUGAAGAGCGGGCUCGCUCGAACUCUCAGAGCCUCUGGAUUGGCACGGCCAACAGCAGCUCGACGCGCCUUCCAACCCAUAAGAAGCAAUCUCGCUCCAGCUCUUGGAGCUCGAUUCGCAAGUGGUGUAGGGGAUGGCAAGAUACACCAAGUCAUCGGUGCUGUCGUAGACGUCAAGUUUGACACUGAUGCGCUACCUCCUAUCCUCAAUGCUUUGGAAACCGAGAAUGCCGGCCAGAAAUUGAUCCUCGAAGUUGCUCAACAUCUGGGUGAAAAUGUGGUCCGAACUAUUGCCAUGGACGGUACCGAGGGUCUCGUACGAGGGCGGUCGGCCACUGAUACUGGAUCCCCCAUCAUGAUUCCCGUUGGACCAGGAACACUUGGCCGUAUCAUGAACGUCACGGGUCACCCAAUUGAUGAGCGUGGCCCUAUCAAACAUACCCAGAAGAAGCCAAUUCAUGCCGAUGCUCCUGAAUUCGUGGAACAGUCAACAUCCGCUGAGGUGCUCAUUACCGGUAUCAAAGUCGUAGAUCUCCUCGCUCCUUAUGCUCGUGGUGGAAAGAUUGGUCUCUUCGGAGGUGCCGGUGUCGGCAAGACGGUGUUUAUUCAAGAGCUGAUUAACAACAUCGCUAAGGCCCAUGGUGGUUUCUCUGUCUUCACUGGGGUCGGAGAACGUACUCGCGAGGGUAACGAUCUGUACCAUGAAAUGCAAGAAACUCAGGUCAUCAACCUGGAUGGCGAGUCAAAAGUCGCCUUGGUGUUUGGCCAAAUGAACGAGCCCCCAGGAGCUCGUGCCCGGGUCGCUCUGACUGGUUUGACUGUGGCCGAGUACUUCCGUGACGAGGAGGGCCAAGAUGUGCUCCUCUUCAUUGACAAUAUCUUCCGUUUCACUCAAGCCGGUUCCGAAGUGUCUGCCUUGCUUGGUCGUAUCCCGUCUGCCGUCGGUUACCAGCCAACUCUCGCCGUCGACAUGGGUCUUAUGCAAGAACGUAUCACAACAACCCAGAAGGGAUCUAUCACCUCUGUGCAGGCCGUCUACGUGCCAGCCGAUGAUUUGACUGAUCCUGCCCCUGCCACCACCUUUGCCCAUUUGGACGCCACCACUGUCUUGUCUCGCGGUAUCUCUGAGUUGGGUAUCUACCCCGCUGUUGACCCUCUAGAUUCCAAGUCCCGAAUGUUGGACCCUCGUGUCGUUGGUCAAGACCACUACGACACCGCGUCGCGCGUGCAGCAGAUGUUGCAAGAGUACAAGUCGCUACAGGAUAUCAUUGCAAUUUUAGGAAUGGACGAAUUGUCGGAAGCGGACAAGUUGACAGUCGAGCGUGCCAGAAAAUUGCAGAGAUUCUUGAGCCAGCCUUUUACCGUUGCACAGGUUUUCACUGGCAUUGAGGGCAAGCUUGUGGACUUGAAGGAUACCAUUCGUAGCUUCAAGGCCAUCAUGAACGGGGAGGGUGACGAUCUGCCAGAAGGUGCAUUCUACAUGGUCGGCGAUAUCGACUCUGCACGCCAAAAGGGAGAGAAAAUUUUGGCAGAUCUGGAGAAGAACUAG